AUGCAAGAAAAAUCCCACCAGAAAACCAGAGAGGGAAAGCUCGGCGGCCGGAAAAAAUGGUGGAAAAGCGAUUUGCGAUGCUUCUGUGCGCGGAGGAUCCGGAGUACGUGAAGAAGAAAUACGGAGGGUAUUUUGGGGUUUUCCUGAGAAUGUUGGGCGAAGAAGGGGAGAUUUGGGACUCUUACAGAGUCGCCGCCGGCCACUUUCCUAACGACGCCGAUAUCGGACUCUACGAAGGAUUCGUCGUCUCCGGCAGCUGCAGCGACGCCCAUUCCGACGAUCCUUGGAUCUGCCGGCUUCUUCUUUUGUUGAAGAAGUUGAACGGCUUGAAGAAAAAAGUGCUCGGGAUUUGCUUCGGCCACCAGGUUUUGUGCCGUGCAUUGGGAGGAAAGACGGGUAGGGCCCUCUCAGGGUGGGACAUUGGAAUCAGGACCAUACACGUGUCCCCAGCAUCAAAAGUCUUCUCAUCUCUAAAGAUCCCAUCAAUGCUAUCGGUGAUCGAAUGCCAUCGAGAUGAGGUCCAGGAACUUCCAUCAAAGGCGGAAGUGAUCGGAUGGUCAGAAAAGACUGGAAUCGAAAUAUUCAAGUAUGGGGACCACAUGAUGGGCAUCCAAGGGCAUCCUGAGUACACCAUGGACAUUCUUUUCCACCUCAUUGACCGUCUUGUUCAACGUAAUUUCAUCAUGGAAACAUAUGGGAAGGAGUUGAAGGCCAAAGUGGAAGAAGGAGAGCCAAACAGAGAGGCAUGGAAGAAGCUGUGCAUCAACUUUCUCAAAGGAACCUCUCUUAUUAAUAAAUUAUAAUAAUAAUAAUAAUAUUAAUAAUAAUACAUUUUAGAUAAAUUAAAGAGAGAAUGGGCAUAGAAGAAAUAUAGUUUGGUUUAGGGUUUAUCUAAUUUAAAACUUGUUUUAGGGUUUUAUUAUGUGAAAUGGGAGGUCGUUAUACUAAUCAAAUCAAAGCUUAUUUCAAC